CUCUGACCCGCUUUCAUGGUUUCAGCCUUGCAGUCAGUCCCAGGAGACAUGGUUGGUUGUGGAUUUCACUUUGAAUUGUUGGUAUCCCUGUGCAAACCAACAUUUUUCAUCCUUGGUCUGGUUCUUGCUCACUACACUACUCUCUCCUGUCAUGUUGAAGAAGGCACAGAUUAUUGCAGUUCAAGUAACAUUUCUUCCAAGUAUCUGCACUGUGAGGUUCGCCCAGGUGGAGUCCAGGAUUUAGACUGUUUUAUGAUAUAUAUUAGACAUAAUUAUGGGGCAGGAAAAUGUGUUUGGACACCUGGAAAUCACACAAGAAAAAAGACAUACACACUGAUCAUACAACAAGAAAGAAGGAACUACUGCAGGGUGUACAACAAUAUGACUGAACCCUGUACAACAGUCGAGUUCUUUCAAACACACAUGAGCGUUGAGGUUUAUGAAAACAGCGAGUCAGAAAACUGCACAAAAGCCGUUUUCAGAGCUUCAUCAAACAACCUGCGUAAGUCCACAAGGAAUCAUUUCUAUGAGCACGUCUUGUUUUCAUGCUUCUCUGGUUUGGAUGGUGAAUCUCACUCUGUGAAUAUUUCAGGGCGAUGUGGUCCUCCAUCUAACGUGGCCUUCAGACGCCACUCUGGAAAACUAGAUGUGAAUGUGAGCUGGCGGGAGUAUGAAAAAAAGCACAUCGCGUCUUACUCUGUGAGAUACACAGCACGAAGCAGCCUGUCACUGAACAAGUCCCUGGUGCUGUCCCAGAAUAGAGAGAGGUGUGGUGUGGACAAUGUCAACUCCUCGCUGGUCUACGUUGUACAGAUACAGUGUGUCAUUAAUGACAAAUGCUCCCAGUGCCCAUGGAGUGAACCCUACACUAUCCCAUCAGAACUGACAACACGACCCGUCAUUGACAAGUACAAACAUUGUGACAUUGCAGGGGAAAAAGGCCUCCGGCUGCUCACCUUGACCUGGACGUUUCCUACCAAAGAGCCCUAUGACGGCUACUAUGUGACCGUUAAGAAAGCGUCAGGAGAGGACCCGCCUUUGGAGGUGAACACAACCCGACCUGAGAUCAGGCUGAAUCUCUCCUACUCAGCUUAUCAUCUCAGCGUUAGUGCUGUCAACAAUGUCAGCAUCUCCCCGGCCACAAGCAAGACAAUACCACAGAGGGAAGACGUGCCCGGUGAUGGAGAAGGGAGGCUGAACGUGACGGUUCACAGCAAUACAUCCUUUACAAUCUACUGGAAAGAUAAUCUCAUCAGAACCUAUGUCUGCUAUUGUGUGGAGUGGUGGCAAAAGGGGCAAAAAGCAGCGUACAAGUCCUUUUAUCAGGACAGAAACAACUACAUGAAGUUACCUCGUUUAGCAGAGCCUCUGGAGCCUUACAAGAGAUACAGCAUCAGUCUGCACACGCGGCCAAACAAGCAAACCUGCAAACUGAAGCAUAUCAACAACAGUGAGAGCACCUAUGGGAGCACCCAGUUCUAUUUCACUGAAGGAUCGCCCGUCAGUGCUCCUGUCAACAUCAGCAGCUACAAUGUGACACAGAAUUCACUGGUGCUGGAGUGGUCGCCCAUGCCGGAGGAAGACGUCAGAGGCUUCCUACUGGGUUACACAAUCCACUACACCGAGUACCACAACAGGGGGACGGAGACAAAUGUCACAGUGGAUCCUAUGUCAAACAGCCGUGAACUGGGGGAUCUGAAAAGCGGCACAGUAUACCAGGUCCAGAUAUCAGGCUUCACUCAGGCCGGAGCAGGAGUACGAAGCACACCAAGACUUUUUAAAACAAAUCAAGGUUAUUUUAGUGUAAAUAUAAGCGUUCCUAUCGCCGUCCUUGCUGUUAUUAGCAUACUGCUGAUAUUUGGACCGUCAAUAAUAAAAAGAGCUAAACUAAUUGUGUGGCCAAGUUUACCCGACCCAGGAAGCAGCAAGGCAAUGCAGAAAAUGGAAAGACCUGAGCUGGAACUCCUGGAGUCCAUCAACACUCUAAAGGUGGAAGAAUGGGAUACACAUAGUUUUCAUCUAGUUGAAAAAGAAACUGUGGUCUCUGCCAGUACAUCACCAUUUCUCUGUGCCUUGGAGGAUGAAGGAGACUCCCCAGAAAUGACUUGUAACCGGAGCCAGAGAGACGCAGAGGGGCCACCUGCAGAUGUCCUACCUGAUGAUACUACGGAGACGCUCUCAAACAUACCACAUACAAACAUCCAGACUUUGCCUUUUGCUUUUUCGAGUGAAUAUACAACAAUGGAGAUGUUUCACCAGGCGAUGCCACAGCCUGUCCCAGCAAAUACCGUUGUUAGUCAGGUCGUGGAAAAUGAACCAGAGAACAUAGAGUCGGCUGCGGUGAAGUCAAGACUGGACUAUAUAGAGCAAUUCAGUCCGACCUUGGUCUGCCAGGAGAUGCCCACGAUGUAUAAAUAAAGAAAGACAAAACACUGAAACAGGGUCAGUACAUGACGGACUGGGUCGUAACCAGAGGAGGAGCGACUGAAUCAGAUGAGGUGGACUAUGAGGAGCUGCCACACUGUUGGCUGCAGGUCAACAAUGUGGUUUUAUUUAUUCAUAAAUAAUAACUAUAACUCUGUGUUGAUGUCAAAAUGAGGGUAAAACUUAGUAGAUUUCUAAAGACAAGACAAAUUGUAACCUGUACAUCUGCAUCACGUGAACAACCUCUUCCAUGCAUGCACAUAAUCUGUGCUCAUUUCUGUAUAUGUGUACAUUUCCAUCUGUAAAUCUGAACAAGGCUCUUCUUUACAGGCCAGACUAGUUAGUGAAUGGCCUAAUAAACGUGAAUGCAUCCGGUUAAUCACGGUAAUGAUGCUGUCACACUCACUCAGAUCUGUACUUCCUUUUUUCACUGCCCACACUUUCCUCUAGUUACAGCAGUUGCUCACUUUACUCAGGCACAACCGUACUUUCACAAAGCUGACACCUACAUGCUGCCAAUGAAAAGGAUGUUUAGCCUGUAUACAACCAGAAAUUCAUACCGACGGUGGGCCAGUGUGCACAGCUGAAGCAGCUACAUGGAAUUUCAACCAUAUUUUAUUAUUUACACCUGUGCUUUUAUUGCAGGUACAUGUGAAAAUGUCUUCAGACAAAAAGGCAAAUUCAUCUAACAGCCAAGGAAUUUCAGUAAAAUGUCAAACUCAUGGCGGCGCUACAAGAAAGGUCGAGAUCACUCAAGUCAUUAGUGUCCUUCCUCUGGGGACCAUGAAUGUCGAUAACAUUUUAUAGCUAUUCAGGGCCAAAGUGGUGGACGGACACACCGACAGGCCAGCCCCGCCCUCCGGGAGCCACAGCGCUACCACGGCUAAAACUAAGAUGCAUGGAUGUUCAGAGGCAGUCAUGUAGGUGCAGACAGUCAAGUGGCUGCAAAUGCUGAAUGAGAUUCAUCAGCACUUCUACACAACAACGGCGCUAAAGCAAAGUAAAGAAAAAUGUCUUUAUUGUGUUUUUGGAAACGGUUCAGAUGUGCUGUCAAAAUCAAAUGAAGGAAGAUCACAUACAUCCAAAGUCUUAAACCAGUGUUACCAGACCUUUACAUCCCCGAAGAGCAAACCAUGAACCGUGUCUACAGCAUAUAACAUAUAUACAUUGGAUACACAAAUAGAAAAACUAAAGUUCAUCUUCAGCCAAUUUUGUUGGAAAUGCUUUUUACUAGACAUUAUCAGGAGUGCACCGCUUCAGACCGUAGCCUUGUGCACAUAGAAACAAAAAUCAGGAAGUGGAAUUUGUUGAAGAAAGCCAUAAAGUUGUGAAGUGUCCUUUAAAGAGUAAAGCUUUUACAGUAUACCAAGAGUUGAUAGAGAAAAAGAAAACACUGAUCUCGAUCUGGAGCCAGUUUGCUAAUACAUCUGUAACAGAACACUGGCUUCAACACCACAAAUGAAAGAAACCAAGGUUAAGAGUAAAUCCACACAAGUUCUAUUCUAUUAAUUACUAAAGACGGCCGACAACAAACUUAACAUUUCAUCCCAGUUUCAGGUCACAUCUAUCGACAAGUCUCCGUAUUGCAUUAAAACAUUCCAUACAAUCUAAAUCCAGGCACUUCUUGACCGUCCUCUGCUUCCAAGUCGUUUGUUGACCCAUGACAUACGGCGUUCAGCCUCGUCUACGCUGUGAUUGAGCAUCUCACUUUGUCCAGGAGUAUGAGCCGACACGUUCUGCAGACCAAGAUCAUGUUCCAGUUCAGGCCUGUAUUGUAUCCAUAGUCAUAAAUAGUUUUUCUCUCACAGCAUUUCAUCAGGAAAAGGAACGUGAUCUCAGCGUGACAACUAGUAAUCAGGAGUAGAAAACAAGCAUGUACAUUCAGAAAACAACAACAGGAAAUAAAGCAACAUCUUCAAAUGAGAAAUUCAUCUGUGUGUCAAUAUUUUAACUGGUUCACAGAAGCAGUUUUUUGAGUUCUCAUGACUACAGCACUUCCAAGUCAUCAAAUCAACAAGAUGCCCAGAAUAAUGGAGGAAACUUCACAGACCUUGCAGUUCAGUUCCUUCAACACCACACAAAGGGCAAAUGAGCAUCUUAGCAUCAACAGAAAUAAACACUGAGGGCUCAUGGGACGACGCACUACGUUCAUACACGUAUUAGAUUGUGUUAAAUAUGCCGGGUACCGUUUGUUACCUAGUUGUUGUCACAAGCAUAGCAACAGCAGCAAAAUCAAGCUCAGACAGGCAGGUUUAUUUUUUACCUUCCGGGGGUUUCGCGCCAUAAAUGACAUGAAACUCACUUCUUUUUAUAGAACAAUGUUUUGUUUGGUGCUUCCUGGUUUAUAUCAAACGAGUUCUAAGUCUAAAUACAGAACGGAACGUGAAAAUAGACUGAAUGAUUUAUUUUUAUUCAUCUUUUAAAGCCCUGGUCUCGUGCUUUAACAGGCACCACUGUUCUCUCAGCCAACUGUGAGUAGGAAGAUUCAGUUAGAUUCAUAAAAUGAUAAAGAACAUCCCUCAGAUCUAAUUCUGCUGUUUGUAAGUCACUUAGUGUUGAACCUGAAUCCUCGUCACCAUCAAGUGUCAGAAACAACCAGAUAUUGUUUUAUGGUGAAUGCUGUGCAUGGAAGGGUUCAAA